AUGGUUUCCGGCAACCAACACGGCUCCUCCUCCGGCUCCAGCCCCGCCGCAGAUGAAUAUUAUUGUGGCAAUAGCUUGAAGAGAAAAAGACAAGCUUUUGAGAAGAAAAAUGAUCAAUUAGUGAUCACACCCACGACCACGACUCUGCCUCUUUUAUCUUGGCAGCAUAACGAAGAAGAAGAAGAUGAUGACUUUCAUGAUCAUGAAAAUCACUCUUUCACUACCAAAAAUGACGACGAAGAAGAUGUCGGAGUUGUUGGGUGGCCACCAAUAAAGUCGUGGAAGAGAAAGAAGUGCUACCGCGAGCAGCAACGCCGGCAGAAUGGGCGGUUGGUGGUGGUCGGAGGAAGGAUGGUUAGAAGUAGUAAUUAUGUGAAGGUGAAAAUGGAAGGAGUGACAAUAGCAAGAAAGAUUGAUUUAAGUCAAUAUAACUCAUUUGCAUCACUCUCCACUUCUUUGAUUUCAAUGUUUGGAAUUAGAUCAGAUAUAGAAUAUAGGUCUAAUUAUGUGUUGACAUAUCAAGACAAAGAUGGAGAUUGGUUGGUUGCUGAGGAUGAUUAUGUACCAUGGAGAUCAUUAGUGGAAUCAGUGCAACGUCUAAAAUUACAGAGAUGUUAAUUUGUAAUGAAUUUUAUGAUUAAGUUUUCUUAUGUCAGUUUGUUCAAAGAAUAUUAGAAAUGUGACAACAACAAUAAAAACAAAU